CGCGCGAGCCCCAACCUGCUGGGCUCGGCACAUCCCUCCCGCCAGUGCGGGGCGAGGCGGCCGGGCUGAGCGGCGGUGCUCGGCAGGCUGGAGCGACAACAUGCCCUUGCCGAGGCGCCGGUCGUCCUUCCUGGGGCAGCAGCCCCCUUCCUCCACGGCCGAGAGCGCGGGGCCGCCCGGCCGCCGGGUGAGCGUCGGAGGUGGAGUGAGCCUGUCGAGACCCCCCGGCGUCUACGUGGGCACCGUUCCCACCGGCGGCGUGAGCAGCCUGGGCACCCGAGUGUCCCGUAGAGCCCUGGGCAUCAGUAGCGUCUUCCUCCAGGGUCUACGCAGCUCCGCCUCAGCCGUGCCCCUGGCCCCGGGCUUGGAUAAGGGUAGGGGUCUCACCUACGAAAGCCUGAAUGGUUGCUUGGUGGAGUACAUCGAGAAGGUGCGAGCUCUCGAGCAGGUCAACCAGGAGCUGGAGGAGCACAUCAGAGUCUACCUGGACAAGAAGGCGGCGACCGUGGGCACCUGGGGAGCGCUGCGGGAGAACUGGGAGGCGAUUUACCAUCAGGUGGGUGAAGCAGUCCUUGAAAAUGCCCGUCUUAUGCUGCACACCGAGAAUAUUCAAGCCUGUGCUGAAGAUUUUAAAGACAGGUAUGAAAAUGAGCAGCCAUUCAGAAAGGCAGUGGAAGAUGAAAUUAAUUCCCUAUAUAAAGUGAUUGAUGAUGCCAAUUUAACUAAAAUGGACCUGGAGAGUCAGAUAGAGAGCAUGAAGGAAGAACUAACUUUGCUGUCAAAGACUCAUGAAGAAGAUGUGAAGGUAUUAUACAAACAGCUUGCUGGAUCUCAGCUCGAAGAACUUGAUGUUCCCAUGGGAAGUGGCCUGGAUGACAUUCUGGAAAAAAUCAGAAUCCACUGGGAGAGAGACAUUGAAAAGAAUCGUGCUGAGACAGGUGCCCUUCUCCGUACCAAGGCGGCUGAAACGACGGCUGCCGUGCGAACCCAGGAGGAAGAGCUGGUGGAGGGCCUCAGAACCGAGUUCCAUGAAACCGCCUGCAAAAUACAGAGCUUGCAAGCAGAAACCGAAUCUUUGAGAACCUUGAAGAGGGGUCUGGAGAACUCUUUAUAUGAUGCCAAGCACUGGCAUGACAUCGAACUGCAGAACCUAGGCUCUGUCAUUUCCAAGCUGGAGGCAGAGAUGGGAGAAAUCAAAGUAGAAACGGAGCAGCAGCAGCGGGACCGUGAAAAUCUGCUGACCAGCAAACAACAGCUGGAGAAGGACAUUGCUGCAUAUCACUGCCUUCUGGAUGGAGAGCAAAGCAGCUGAUUAUGAAACUCCCAGCCCAGAGAAGACCAUUGCCAUUAAAGCAAAAGAAGAUGUCACUGCCAGUUAUGUUCGUGGAAGCUAAAAACCCAUCAAAGCAGCCUGCUUUAUUCAGUUUGAUUCAACAAUCAAAGUAGGUUGUAGCUUGAACAACUUUAUUAGACCCUCCUCAUGUAAUUGCUUUGCUUACAGAUUUCAAUUUACUCACGUUGUUAAAAUUAUAAUAAAAAUAAAGAAUAUCAGGGUUUUG